UUUUAUUUUUUAUUUUGAACAACAGUCAAAUAUUUAGCCUACUGGUUUUGCCAUGGAAAGAGCAAAUAACCUUUCAAUAUUCUUCUCAUCAUCAAACUUUAAUGAAUACAAAAUCCAAUUCAGUAUUUUUCUGAUGAGUACCGUGUUAACCUAUGUCUUCAAGUACAGAUGGAAUCAGAGGAAUGUAAAAGGCCCAAAAUCAUGGCCAUUCAUUGGGGUACUUAUUGAACUUCUAAUGAACUACCACAGAAUGCAUGAUUGGUUAACUGAAUACUUCGUUGAAUCAAAAACGUUCAAGAUUCCAUUGCCAUUUAAAACAUUAACUUACAUUGCAGAGCCUGCAAAUGUUGAACAUGUUCUAAAAACUAACUUCCACAACUACCCAAAGGGUGAAGCUUUUCAUGCAUGCAUGGAAGAGUUGUUUGGAGAUGGUAUUUUUAAUUCAGAUGGAGAGAUUUGGAAGCAACAAAGAAAGACUUCUAGUUUUGAGUUUGCAUCUAGGAACUUAAGAAAUUUCAGCACUAUUGUUUUCAGAGACCAUGCAUUGAUUCUCUCUGGUAUUUUGCACCAAGCAUCAAUCUGCGGCAAAGAAAUUGAUAUGCAGGAACUGUUUCUGAGGAUGACUCUAGAUUCUAUAUGUAAAGUUGGAUUUGGGGUGGAAAUUGGAACUUUGUCUCAUGAAUUACCCGAUAAUCGUUUUGCUAAAGCUUGUGAAGAUGCAACUAGUACUAUUACUUAUAGAUUCAUUAAUCCUUUAUGGAGGUUAGAAAAAUUUUUCAAUGUUGGGUCUGAAGCAUUACUUGUUCAGAGUAUCCAAGUCAUUGAUGAAUUUACAUACAGUUUGAUUCAUGAAAGAAAAGCAGAAUUACAAGGAGCUAAAUCAACUGAUAACAAUGGUAACAAUGUAAAGCAUGAUAUUAUGUCAAGAUUCAUUGAGUUGAGUGAGAACGCUGACACUAGUUUAACAGACAAAAGCCUAAGAGAUGUCAUUAUAAACUUUGUUUUAGCGGGACGUGACACAACAGCGUCAACAUUGUCUUGGUUUAUAUACAUGAUCAUAUUAAAUCCUAAUGUAGCAGAGAGGAUCUACAAUGAGCUUAUAAUAUUUCAGGAAAAUCAAGCUAAUGAAGUGACUGUCUAUGAUCCGGAGGAACCAAAAUCUUUCACCGAGAGACUAGCAAUAUUUGCAAGUCUACUGAAUUAUGAUUCACUUGGAAGGUUAUCCUAUUUGCAUGCAACAAUCACUGAGACACUUCGUUUAUACCCUGCAUUACCACAGGAUCCAAAAGAAGUAUUAGAAGAUGAUGUUUUACCUGAUGGAACAAAAGUAAGAGCAGGAGAACAGGUGGUUUAUUCUUCAUACGCCAUGGGGAGAAUGGUGUACAAUUGGGGACCUUAUGCAACAUCAUUCAACCCCGAUAGAUGGUUCAACAAAGAAGGGUUAUGUCAAAGUGCAUCUCCUUUCAAAUUCACGGCAUUUCAGGCUGGCCCAAGAACAUGCUUAGGGAAGGACUCAGCAUAUUUACAGAUGAAGAUGACACUUGCUAUCUUAUGUAGAUUCUUCAAUUUUCAUUUGAUUCCGGACUAUCCUGUUGAGUACAAAAUGACGACAACUCUAAAUAUGAAGCAUGGGUUGAAACUCUCCAUCACUGCUAGGCAAUCUUGACAUGUUUGGGCUGGGUUGCACGGAUACCGAUACGAGUAUCCGAUUUUGGUACGUAUCGGAGAAUCGGAUUUGCAUUUCUGAAAAUGGCCGAUACGGAUACGUAAUGAUACCGCCGAUAUAAAUUUUUGUAAAUACAAUUAUUUGUGAUUCAAUAAUAUAUAUUAGACAACAUAAAUCCAACG